AUGGCAGCACACGUCGGUGCUCCAGCCCGACCCCAGCCGCUCGUCGCCGCGCGACCCUCUUCGCCGAAGAACGCCGACGAGCUCUGCGCGCUGCUCCGUGCCGCCCGGGCCGCCUGGCCCGCGUCGACCGGCGCCGAGCCCGCGCCGUACGCCCCCAUCCUCAAAGCCGUCGAGAAGGCGCGCAAAGACCUGAGGCAGCGCAAGGCCGGCGCCGUCUACGCGAAGUUGUUAAGGGAGCUCGACGCGCCGCACGUCUUGCUUCGGGCCCCUCGGCGAAACAGUACACCGACCACCAAGGCGACGCUCACCUCAACACCGGGACGAUCGGCGGCGUUGCGACGCGGCGGGCGCGCGGCCUACGUGCCCUCGUUUUUGAUGAACUUGCUGGAUUUGGCGGACUGCCCGGCCACGCGGCUCUUCCUCGCGCGGCCCGAGUGCUUCCACUUCGAGAGCGACUUUUUGCUCAUGCCGAACCCGGCCUACUACGACUACGACGCAGCUGUUGAGUCGCCGGCGGGCUACGCGCGGAAAGUGCUCCGCAAGGGCUUGGGAUUUGGGCUCGUGGCCUGGUACGUGCACCCCGAGCUGCGGAAGCGCGCGCGCUUCUUCCGCUGCCACCCGGAUUUGCGGGUCGCGUCGCGGCUCAUCGGCGAGGCGGCGCCGCCGUCGCCGCGGCGACCGCCCUCCCCUGGGUCGUUCCGCCAGCGAAGCGACUCCUACGCGCCGCCGUCGCCGCGGCGGGGCGUGCCGUCGCCGCCCUCAACCCCAACGGGCCGCCCGCGGACCGGCUCCUACGACUACACGAUGAAGCCCCCGCCGCCGGCGCCGAUUCUCCUGGGCUCGCCGUCGUUCGUGGCCCGGCGCGCGGCGGCGUCGCCGCGCGCGCCGUCGCCGCGCAACGCGUCGGCGACGCCGACGGCCGCCGCCCGACCGCUGGCGCCGAAGGAGACACCCACGAAACUGGUCGAGUCGCCGGUCUACGUCGGGGACGUACUUGGCAGCAGCGCCGACGCGGUGCCCUACCUUUACGACGAUAGCGACCUACGGCCCGAGCACGCGUCAAAACUUGAAGCGCUCGAAACGGCCAUUAGGCUCCACGUGCGUACCACUUACGGUCACGCGGCAGCACGAGCGCUCCGGGCGGACGGUAUCUACUUCCACCGGCAGCACGCGCUCUACUCCGAACCGGACCGAGCUUGGACAUUCACGGCGCACAUCCAUUGCGCUGUCGGCCGCGCUCGCACGCCGGCGUGUUACUGCCACUCGGCAACCCUCGGCGACGUGGUGGCGCGGCUCCGCGCUCCGCCGUCCGCGGCGACGCCCCCGCUCGAGCUGCUGAACAUGCCGAGCGAUGCCGACGCGUUGGCCGAGGCGCGGCGACGCCUCGUCGACGCGGGCUUCUGGGUCAGCCGGACGCUCUCGCCGCAGGACCUCGCGUUCGAGGACCUGCUCGAGGCCGCGACUCGCGCUCCGCUUGUGUGAAUAAGUUGUUUCUGUGCU